ACAUAGACUCAACUGUACUUCCUCGCCAUUCCUCCCCAAACUAGACUUCUUUUUGUGGCGUUUUGUGCGGACCAACUGACCUGACCUACGGCGGCUAUCAUAUGCCAAUCCGACCGAUUCGAGGCACCGCAACCGAGACGCCCUGAGACCCUGGAGCUGGCUGCCGCACGCACCUCUUGGAGACUGGAGCUCCCAUCGAUCUACAUACAUUGACGUGCAGCCUCCAGCGAUCCAUCUUUCCGAAAGAACCCGUUCAUUCGCUGCUCGCUUCCUCCUUGUUCGGGACUGUGAGUGAUUCAUACGUCUGCUACUAAUUGUAUAUCUUGUGGGCACGCGCUCAGUGGCUUGACAUUCUCACUGUCAUCUUACUUUGCCUACCCAAUCCCAGCUUUCACAGGCACACUGCCCUUCUCUAGACGAGCGCGCAUCCCACUCACUCCUCCUCUCGCCGCGCCCUCACAGCCAGCUCACCAUGCCGCGGACAACCGAUGGCAAAAAGCAGCCUCCCACGGCCGCCGUCAACCUCAUUGCCGGAGGCGGCGCCGGUAUGAUGGAGGCCCUGGCCUGCCACCCCCUCGACACGAUCAAAGUACGCAUGCAGCUCUCUCGCCGCGCACGUCAACCCGGCGCCCCGAAACGAGGCUUCCUCAAGACCGGCUCCGAGAUCAUCAAGAAGGAGACGCCCCUCGGUCUAUACAAGGGUCUCGGCGCCGUCCUCACGGGCAUCGUGCCCAAGAUGGCCAUCCGCUUCACCUCCUUUGAGGCGUACAAACAGUCCCUCGCGGACAAGAAGACGGGCAUCGUGUCCGGUCGGGCGACCUUUCUCGCGGGCCUGGCCGCCGGUGUCACAGAGGCCGUCGCCGUGGUCACGCCCAUGGAGGUCAUCAAGAUCCGGCUACAGGCGCAGCACCACUCCAUGGCCGACCCAUUGGACGUCCCCAAGUAUCGCAACGCCGCGCACGCGCUGUACACCGUCGUGCGCGAGGAGGGGUUCGGUGCGCUGUACCGCGGUGUCAGCCUGACGGCCCUGCGCCAGGGGUCCAACCAGGCCGUCAACUUCACCGCCUACUCGUACUUCAAGGAGUGGCUCAAGGUGUGGCAGCCGCAAUACGAGGGCAAGAACCUGCCCAGCUGGCAGACCACCAUGAUCGGUCUAGUGAGCGGUGCCAUGGGCCCGCUGAGCAAUGCGCCCAUUGAUACCAUCAAGACCAGGCUGCAAAAGGCACCGGCUGAGUUUGGGACGAGCGCGUGGACGAGGAUAACAAGAAUCGCCGCCGACAUGUUCAAACAAGAAGGAUUCCACGCCUUCUACAAGGGCAUCACACCGCGCAUCAUGCGUGUCGCCCCGGGUCAGGCUGUGACGUUCACCGUCUAUGAAUAUCUCAAGGACAAGCUGGAGAGGAGCAACCUCGCUUUUACCGGAGGCAAGUACGAGGAGUAGAAGUGGAACAGGCUGCUCGUAGAGCCAGUGCUGGAGCCUGCUGCGUAGGAGUGGUGUAGGACUCCGUUUCUAACAUGUAUCUGCGCGUGUAGUCCAAGUGAAGGAAGACGCCGAGGCGACGGUGUGAAGGCAUGUCCUUGCAGAAGAAAGCAGGGGGUCGACAGCGAAAAGGGAAAGCGGGCGACGGCAU